CUAAUGAGUGUCGACUCGACCGAGGCAGCCGCGGGCGGAUAGGUUCAGUGUCGCAAAUUCCAUUUUUGCUCGUCGUGUCAGUGUCACAUGGCGCGUCCAACCCUGACCUGAUCCAUAUGCAAUAUUGAACAUAGCAGACCGAAACAGACCUGUAGGCUGAGUACAGCAUGAUUGCUCCCAACAAUUCAUCAAGCAGAUUGGCGGUGCCAUUGACCUUUUUCAAUGGGAAUGAUGCUGAGAACUUUCAAAGCGUCGCGUCACUUAGUGAGGGGAGCUCCAAGGCAACAGCGAUAACGUCCUGGGGUCUUUCGGACUCGUGCUUCGGCAGCGAACGAUAUGCUGUCGUUGGAUGUCAAGACGGAACUUCGUUUGUCUUUCGCCCUUCGCUGAUACCUUCCACUCCUGUGGUAUCCAAGCCACAUGAUUCUUCCUUAUCUUCCAGGCCAUCGAGCCCUCUGCGCGUCUCCCCCGAUUCUCGAGCUACUUCCCGUUCGACGUCGCCCACAAGCAAUACUUCGACAUUUCCGCCUUUUACUGUCGCUCCACGAUCUCGAAUUGUGUCUGGAAUCACCACGGAGCAGGUCGAAGCGCCAAAGAACUAUGUCGAUUUUGAAGAUGAGCCCGACAAACUCAAAGACAUGCUGAAGGGCCGUAGAUCGAAGGAUAGACGAAAUUCGUCGGAACUUCGAGACACCACGUCUAAUCAGCGGCAUGCUCCUCCUACGCUGUCUCCAGAAGUAGUCUUUUCUCCUGCUAAACAAAGGAAAGAAAGGCCACGUUCACUACUUUCUGCCACCACUUCCCCACCAUUCACUCCCAAAUCUAUUUCGACACCUGCCUCACCGAGAAGGCAGCCUUUGAUCGAACAUGGUUCAAGGCUUGACUUCUCGCAUUGUAUUAUACCUCCGCACUUCGGACAAAGUCACGCUGUAGCCUCAAUUCGCCCUCUAAAUGACGCUCGUUAUGUCGUUUUGCGAGAGAAUGGUGGUGUGUCUGUGAUGUCAUGUAGGGAUGGGAAAUGUCUAGCGACUGUCCAUGUCGGCGACGUAUUACUUGAACCGCCUGAGGGCGUGAAAGACAGAUCUGCUGUCAAUGAGGUUUGGAGAUGGAGAGAACUUGAGAUAAUCAGCAUCAGAGAGGCAUGCCUACACUUUGCUUCUUCAUGGAAAUCCGUGCUGAUACUGGCAUCUGCAUUUCUUGACGCCAACUCGUCAUCUCUGUCAGCGGAUAUAGAUGGUGACAGCCUCUCUCCAGAAUCCUGUAUAAUGGUAUUACAAUACCAUCCUGGUGACGCCAUUGGUGCCAUUGAGGCCUCUCUAGAGAAAGUGGGCGAAUGGCAUAUCGAUGGUUCUCACACUACUGUUGGGAUCCAUGCUGAUUCAGACAAUUCUACAAUUAUUCAUUAUCUUUCACGGGAAAAGCAUCUGUUACUCUGUACCCUACAUUUGACGGCGCACCCUUUGGUCCAACCCUUCGAAUUGCCAGCACAAGAAGCAACCUCGUUAUCGAAUCCAUUCAAAGCUAUGACAACACGAUCUGCAGAAUCGCAUUCCGUGCAGCCUGUACACAAGCGGAAUUUUGGCAGAAUCUCGUUAGGUCAGACAAUUGAUGCUGGCCCGUUAGAGAUUCCUGAUUCAUUAUCUGGCAUGCGCACACGAUCAUGCGAUGGUGCUUUGCGUGGACUCUGUUGGUCUGAAACACAUAUUACAGCUUUUGAUUAUUGUGGUUCCACGCUGCAGAAUUUGUUCGUGCAGCCAGUGGAUAAUGUGAACGAUAUUCAAUGGAUUGACGAUUCAACAUAUGCUAUCAUUACCGAGGGGGGCGUUGAAUUUCACAUUUUUAGGUUCGUCGAUGCGAAUAACGAUGAUGUUGGGAAGACAAACCAUGGAAGCACGGUCUAUAUUCAACCAGGAUUUUUAUACGCCAUGGAUACUGCACCACAUGAUACGCUUCACGUUAUUUCCUCGCGAGAACUUCUCGUAUUGACUAUUGCGCGAAACGAUGGGAUACGCCAGCUCCGUUAUGUCACAUAUGAUGAUGCAUCUUCUCCAAAGCAGCGUUCACGAACUCUUUGGAGACCUCCGAAGAUCUCGUCUGACUCCACUGCAGCACAUACCGCUAUAACGUCCAUCUUACCACUAGAGUUGGAUGCAGCGAUUACAGGCCAUAGUGACGGACACUUGCGGCAAACUUCCUUUUCUCAGCUGUGUCAAUCAGCACCUACAUUCUCCGUCAAGCAAAAAGAAUCUGACAUGCCCCUCAGCGGAUAUAUCAUGGCUUUGCAUGUGGUUCGAAAUGGUAGGACUAAGGAGCGUUACGUUGUCGGCGGAGCGGAUGAUGGAUCGAUCGCAUUCUGGACUUAUGACACUCUCAAACUCUGUGCCCGCUGGAUCGUUUUCGCCGAGCCUCUGGCACAAGUCCAUCAAUUUCAUAAGAUGACAACUGGACCUCUUCGCGGGUGCGUCCUAUGUGUAUCUCAAGACGGAACAAUAGCCGUUGUUGUGGUAGACGGCUUCCAAUUCUUGUACCUAAUUCCUGGAUCCGUCUUUCCUCUGGUCAGAAUAUGCUUGGGGAAUGACGAGCUUCUGCUUAUCUAUGCAGACCGACGUGCUCGUAUGUGGGACGCCAAGACGAGAGAGUUCAGGAGAUCCUUGAGCUUGGAUAAGGCUGAGGAGCUCAUCGGGAAAGAACGAUGGCUCGAACUAACUGCUGAUAGCCAUGAUUGUAUUCCGGAUACUGUUCUGAAGAGGCUACCUGGACAGGCGCUACCUGCAGUAAAAACACUUUUUUUGGAUCUUGGACGAUUCAUAACCUAUUCAACGACGGUUAUAAAGACUAUCAGUACGAAUCUUUCUCAAACGCAAGCGAUUUUCUCAACUCGCAACCGGCUUCUCUCUCUCCUUUCGGUCCUCUUGACUCCGGGAUUAAAUAAGGACACUGACGAAAUAUGCCGAGAUCAUCUGGGUAUUGGAACAUCAUUGGCACGCCCCGGAUCCUCGAGUCACGGCUUUACAUGUAUCUAUCGAUCCAAUCACCCGAGCGACCCAUGGUGUAUAUCGAGCGAGGUUUCCGCUGCACGUGCACUAUCCAUAACUGUCACUCUUCGUGCUCUAGGACUUUUCGAAGAGUUAACAGAUUUCGCGAACACUGUUAUCGCAUUUUAUGCUACAUCCUUACCUUUCAUAAUUGGUCCCAAUUACAAGCCCCACAGCCUUUCAUAUCUCGCGAGGCAGUGGUUCAACACAUCUCAUGAAGUGCGGCAAAGCUCGCGGUUGCUAUUCGACGCGGCUGUCGUGCGCUUAUCCGAUGAAGAGGCUAAUGCUGUUGCAGAGCAAUGGCAGCAUCAUCUUCCGUGCCUACAACCGACUGCUGAUAGGGAAUCCAUUCAGGCGGCUCUUUCACUUUUCAUUUGCGGGUAUCUUGCUGCAGAAAAAUAUAGUUUGUUCGCAUCAAGUGUUUUGACGGACAUAUCGAAGUCAAUAGCCUUAUACCUCCAAGAUGGGCGGUCUAUCUUCAGAGUGCUUGCUAUCGACCUGUGCUCCCGUGGUUUCCAUGUCUGGCAACAUUAUAUCGAUGCAAUGGAAAUUCUCAGGUUGCUGUUCAUACUGGCCACCACUUCACGGAAGGAAGCCAUUUCGACUCAAAAUAUAGGUGCUCAGGCAAGGUUAGCCGUACUGCAUAUUGCCGCCUCCAACACGCCUUUGUUUAUGACAACGCUGGGGCUUGACAUUCUCAGUCCGGCCGGUGUCGAAUACCGAAAAUCGAUCUUGCAAAUCGUCGCUUUUCUGAUACGAAAGCGACCCAUGGUACUCUACCCAAAUCUGCCAAAACUGAUGGAAGCCGUUGUGAAGUCGUUGGACCCUAAUUCAACUUCUCAUAGAGAUGCCAUUCUGGAUACCGCGACUGAAAUUAUCGGCCACGUUGUGAAGACGUAUCCUUGCAUCGAUUUCCACAUGUCGACUCAGCGCUUAGCCGUCGGCACAAGUGAGGGUGCGAUUGUCAUGUACGAUCUGAAGACGGCUAUUCGGUUGUAUGUGCUUGAGGGGCAUAAGAAGGGUAUCACGGCAUGUAGCUUCUCGCCGGAUGGGCGGCGGCUGGUUACACUAUCUCUCGAGGAAAGCGUUGUGUUGGUAUGGAAAGUCGGUUCCAGUUUUUCGAGUUUUUUUAAUCCUGGUGCACCGCCGCGCCAGGGACAUGCCGGUUCUGAGCCGUUCAAGACUCUUUCGUUCAAUGUGGGCGAGGAAGCAAACAUGACACUCUCUGAGAGCCUUACCCUAGUCCGCUUUGAGUGGAGUGCGGAAAGAAGCACAAAGCUAAAAAUUCGUGACAGCGUACUUACUUUCAGUACUUGA